AUCAAAAAAACCCGCCAAACACUCUCAGUGUCUCCAAACUAGACCUUUAAAAAACCCACAUGAAAACCCUCCUCGACAGCAAAAAUGGCGCUGAGAAGCAAGAGAAGUCAAGCUCCAAAGCCAAUAUCUAGAUCCAAAGCUGCUGCUGCUGAUUACAGUGAUGUUUACUGUGAAAAAUGUGGGUCAGGAGAGUCACCAGGAGAGCUACUUCUUUGUGAUAAAUGUGAUAAAGGGUUUCAUUUGUUUUGCUUGAGACCUAUUCUUGUUGCUGUUCCUAAAGGGUCUUGGUUUUGUCCUUCUUGUUCCAAGCAAAAGAUGCCCAAUUCAUUUCCUCUUGUUCAAACGAAAAUCAUCGAUUUCUUUCGCAUUCAACGGUCUACAGAAUCGAUUCAGAAGCUAAGUCAAGAUAUUCAGAAGAAGCGAAAGCGGUCUAGUAGUUUAGUGGUGUCGAAGAAGAGGAGGAAGCUGUUGCCAUUUAGUCCGAGUGAAGAUCCUGAAAGGAGACUAGAGCAAAUGAGAUCACUAGCAACAGCAUUGACAGCCUCGGGGACGGAGUUCAGCAAUGAACUAACUUACCGGCCAGGCAUGGCACCGAGGUCUGUGAAUCAGUCAGCUCUUGAGAAGGGAGGAAUGCAGGUCUUGUCAAAAGAAGAUGCUGAAACCUUAAAUUUGUGCAAAAGGAUGAUGAAUAGAGGUGAAUGGCCUCCUCUCAUGGUUGUUUUUGAUCCCAAGGAAGGGUUCACAGUAAAGGCAGAUAGAUUCAUAAAAGAUUUAACGAUUAUAACUGAGUAUGUUGGAGAUGUUGAUUACUUGAAGAACCGGGAAAAUGAUGAUGGUGAUAGCAUGAUGACAUUGCUUCAUGCUGAUAAUCCUUCACAAAGCCUUGUCAUAUGUCCUGACAUGCGUGGGAAUAUAGCUCGAUUUAUCAAUGGUAUCAACAAUCACACACAAGAAGGGAGAAAGAAGCAGAAUCUAAAAUGUGUGAGGUAUGAUGUAAAUGGUGAAUGCCGGGUUUUGCUGAUAGCCAACAGGGAUAUAUCAAAGGGAGAGAGAUUAUAUUAUGACUACAACGGAUAUGAACAUGAAUACCCAACAGAGCAUUUUGUUUAAAUUCAUUUCUAUUUGAUUUUGAAGUAAGUUAAUAGUCAUCGACUAACAAGCUAAUCAGAUGUUGUAGUCCUUCCAUACAUUAAUGAAUUAUGUAAUCAUUGAAGAAAGAAAUGUGAAAAGGUUCCAACUUUUGAAACAAGAA